UUUCCAUUCCUAGUUUCUAAGCUAGAGAAUCAAGGAAACCGCUGUAGAAGCAAUCUCGUUGCAUUUGAUGCAUUUGUAUGUUUCUACGAGUACAUACACUUUCAUGUGCUUUUCUCUGACCAGAGGAUUUCUUUCUUUUGAAAUUCGUUGCCUUUCAACGCUUGUUUGCCCUCUCUUGCGAAUAUCUAAUCGCAUUUCUCCCAAAACACAAUUUCAUUUCAGGUGAAAACUGAAAUUCCGAUGUUUUUUACCUCAGGCUUUAAGAAACGCCCUCUUCAUCUUGGAUUGAUUUUUUACAGUUGUUGCUCAUUUCUUCGCUCGAUUCAAGGAAGCAAUUGGAUUAUUUAAAUAUUGAAUUGAAUGGAUGAGCCCAGUAGUUCCUCUGCAGUUCCUUAUCGAGGAUGGAGAAAAGCUGUGUACCAGUUUACGCAACAAAAUCUCCCAGCCUGUAAACCUGUUUUAACACCGGCAUGGGUUAUUUCAACAUUUUUCAUCAUAGGAUUCAUCUUUAUUCCCAUGGGGCUUUUCUUCCUUCAUACUUCACAAAGUGUUGUUGAAAUUGUUGAUGGGUAUGAUACUGAGUGUGUACCUGUACCAUUUAGGAACAGCAAAGUGUCAUAUAUCAAAGAUGACUCAGUUUCCAAAAAUUGUACCCGAUACUUGAAGGUUCCUAAGCACAUGAAGGCUCCAAUAUAUGUUUAUUAUCAGCUUGAUAACUACUAUCAAAACCACAGAAGGUAUGUGAAAAGCAGAAGUGAUCAACAACUGUUACAUGGGCUGAAAUAUAACCAUACAGGCUCUUGCAAACCGCAGGACACUAAUAAUGGUCUACCAAUUGUCCCAUGUGGCCUGAUUGCAUGGAGCGUGUUUAAUGACACAUAUGACUUAUUCCGCGGGGUUGAUGAAAUAAAAGUCAACAGAAAGAACAUUGCAUGGAGGAGCGACCGUGAUCACAAAUUUGGGAAGCAUGUGUAUCCGUAUAACUUCCAGAAUGGGUCCUUAAUUGGUGGCGCAAAGUUAGAUCCUAGCAUUCCUCUGAGUGAUCAGGAAGAUCUUAUUGUAUGGAUGCGAACUGCUGCCCUCCCAAGCUUCCGAAAGUUAUAUGGAAGAGUUGAGGAAGACUUACAUGCAGGUGAUGUUAUAGUGGUGAAGCUUUUGAACAACUAUAAUACCUAUAGUUUUGGUGGGCGGAAGAAACUUGUUCUUUCAACAUCUAAUUGGCUAGGAGGCCACAACAACUUCCUCGGAGUGGCCUAUAUUUAUGUGGGAUCUACAUUUAUCUUCAUCGCAUUUGUGUUCAUACUGCUUCAUAUGAGAACUCCAAGAACUUACGGAGAGACAAACAUAGCUUUGAACUGGAAAGGUGGUCCAAAUUGAAAGGUGAAGUUGCUGCAAUGCUGAUUCUGAAAAUUUGGUUUACUUUCAAAGUAUGGUAUAUCUAAAGCUCCAUAUUGUUAAACUUGAUGCUCGGAUCCAUGUUGAUUCUUGACCGCAUGUUAGAUUACCACUUGUAAUUUUAUUUGUAAUCAUUCAUGGAGGUGCUAGUAACAUUUUAAAUAUCUGUAGAUAUUUGCGGCGGUGAACUGCAAGUACUGAUGUGGAAAGGGGGUGAAGGAUAUUUUGCAUGAAAGCCACUAUAGAUGAGAAGAGCCAUCCUCCCUCCAUCUGAUAUAUAUUUAUAACUCAACUAAUUAUUGUAUCCCCAUUUUUUCCACCAUGUGUGUUCAAAAUGAAUUGUUUUGUUUUUCACUUUCUGUAAAGGAAACUCUCGAACUCCAGGUAAGGUAAUUAAGAGGUAGUGCCUGGACAAUGAAUGUAAUUACGCUGUGAAACAAUGGUCGGAGUAAAGGACCAGGGAAUGAUUUGUAACAUGAAAUCGCAGUAUAUUCCUAGCAAGAUGACUCCCAAAAGCCUAUACAA